GCAGAGGAGAAGUGUAGUUCACACGACAUGCGCGCCAACUAUCACGGGUUGAAAUUCGACCAUCGUAACAGUAUAGAGACGAUAUCUGAAGAAUAUGACAGGGCAUGGAGUGAGGCGUGUGACAGGGUGAGGGAGGAACAGAGAAAACGAGAAGAAAGUCGACGUAAAGAUGUUGAAAAUGGGAUAAAGAUAGGUGAAGAACGCGGGAUGAAGGUAGGUGAAGAACACGGUCGUGCGGAACGAGAGCAACUCAAGGCUGAAAGUGCGCGCCGCGACGCUGAAAGACUGGCUGAAAUAGCCCAGCUCAAAGCCAGACUACGUGAAUACGAAGACUGUCAGCCUGACAAUGCGGCGGCCCCGGCCUGAAGAAGGGAUGUCAAGUUUUCGUAGCCAGGAAGACAGCAAAGCUGUCAAACAUGCCAUAUCUUUCCUAUUAUUUAUUUUCACAGAGCGGAAUCUAUGAUUCGUCAUCGUUAACAUGUCCAUGUAUAUUUUAGUACACUGUUUCAGGUGUAGGUACCGUGCCAGGCCUCUAGUGUAGUUAAAUCAUCGCGACGGUUCGAAAGUGGGUAGUUUGAUAGUGCCACUCAGACUCCCAUGCUGCUAUGUUAUAACGAUCCCCAGAUAGUU